AUGGUUGUCUUCCGUGAGCGGCAUAAGGCGUGCUCGGGCUCCUCAGUCCGCAAUUCGUCCCCGCGCGCUCUGGGGAGCGCGUUCUCCAGCGUCCUGGCUGUCACGGCCGUGGUCGUCCAGGCGGUGGCCUGGCUGCACCUCUGGGAGGCGGCUGGACUCACCACACCCGCCACGGCCUUCACUGCCACCCCCACCGACGCUGGCAUAAGGGCUACUUGUUCAGAAAUUAUUUUGAGGCAAGAAGUUUUGAAAGAUGGUUUCCACAGAGACCUUUUAAUAAAAGUGAAAUUUGGAGAAAGCAUUGAGGACUUACAGACCUGCCGACUCUUAAUUAAACAGUACAUCCCGACGGGACUUUUUGUGGAUCCAUAUGAGUUGGCUUCAUUAAGAGAGAGAAACAUAACAGAGGCAGUGAUGGUUUCCGAAGACUUUAAUAUAGAAGCUCCCAAUUAUUUGUCUAAGGAAUCUGAAGUUCUUAUUUAUGCCAGACAAGAUUCACAGUGCAUUGAUUGUUUCCAAGCUUUUUUGCCUGUGCACUACCGCUAUCAUCGGCCACAUAGUAAAGAUGGAGAAACCUUUAUUGUGGUCAAUAACCCUGAUUUAUUGAUGUAUUGUGACCAAGAGUUUCCAAUUUUGAAAUGCUGGGCUCAGUCACAAGUGGCAGCUCCUUGUGCUUUGAAGAAUAAGGAUAUAUGCCAGUGGAACAAUAUGAAAUACAAAUCAGUAUAUAAGAACGUGACUCUACAGGUUCCAGUGGGACUAACUAUACAUACCUCCUUAGUGUGUUCUGUGACUCUGCUCAUUACCAUCCUGUGUUCAACUCUGAUCCUUGUGGCUGUUUUCAAAUAUGGCCAUUUUUCCCUAUAAGUUUUGUGGAGCUUAAUGCUUCCCAUAAACCUAAA